AUGCCAGUAGCAAAAGCACACCUCGAAGAGGCUAUCAAGUCCAAGCUGGAAGCCGAGCACGUUGACGUGAUCGACACAUCAAACGGCUGUGGGCAGUCUUUUGAGGUAGUGAUUGUUUCGAAGCUGUUUGAGGGGAAGCCGACAUUACAAAGACAUAGAUUGGUGAAUGAGGCCCUGAAAGAUGAGAUAGCACAGAUCCACGCCUUCACUCAGAAAACGUAUACCCCCGAACAAUAUGCAAGUUUAAAGAAAUAG